AAUGGAAGGCUUGGCCUUUGGAAGAAGAGAAGGGAGCUGGACUGCUUGCUUCGACUCCAGCACCAGCAGCACGGCAGCACCAGGCUCCGUCGCCGUCGUCUCCUCCGCCGACUUGCCUGCCUCCCAAAUCGUCGUCUUCUCUCCCUCUGCUCAGAUGGAUUGACUUGGCUGUAGCCCAGCCAAAUCAAAGCCCCCGCCGCCCCAUGCCUCGCCGCCGCCGGCGAUGGGCGAUGUCCCGCUCCCAUCUCCCUCUCUCCCCGAGAUGACCCCGCGCCGCCGCCGCGAGCCCUCCGAGCCCCGCAGCGACAGCGACUGGGACGCCGGAUCCAGCCGCGAGGGCUCCCCCGACCUCGCCCGCUGCGCGCAGAUCUCGCGCGCCUCUUCCUCCUGGCUCGGCGAGAUCGAGCGAGACCGGGUGCGCCUCGUCCGCGAGUGGGUCCACAUGGCCGCCCGCGACGACGACACCACUCCACCGCCCUCCGCGCCCGCUGACCACGCGCGCAGGGACGUCCUCCGGAUCCGCGGCCGCCAGGCGCGCCUCGAGCUCGUCAUGCGAAUGGCAGCCGACCGCCACGCCGAGCUCCAGCGCCUCUCCCAGCACCGCGCCGUCUCCGAAUUCCCGCACCGCAACCGAAUCCACGCGCUGCUCCGGGGCAGGUUUCUGCGCAAUGGCGGUUUGCCAGAGGAGAGGAGGCCGCCGUCGGUUGCCGCAAGGGAGCUAGGGCAGCUGCGGCAACGGCAUCCUGUCUCUGGUUUGAGAGAAGAGUUCCGCUUCAGAUUGGAGAAUCUUGUCCGGGGUCAAGCAGUAAGCCAAUCGGAUGCUUCUUCAGCUCACAAUGUUGAACUAUCUGCAAUUGAGCACUCUGAAUCAAACCCUACUACUUCUCAAGAUACUCAGGAGAGACAUCAACAGACAAGCGAGAGUGUCGAGCUCCAGCAAAUUGAAGGUACAGAAACAGCAUCAGGAUUUGAAAGUAACACCCCUAGCAUUGCUGAAGGCUUGUAUGGGCCUCAUAGUCAAGAAGAAAGUUGGCAGGAAGAUUUGGAACAGGAGAGAAGAGUUUGGCAACAGUUUUCCCAUACUGUGACCGGAGAGGAAUCUGAAAGAAUUUGGCAUGAAAAUGCAGACAACAGUUCAUCUCGUGAGGGGUCAGAGGUUGGAGAUGGUCAAGAUGAUCCUCAUCCAGAAGCGCACGAAGAGUCAAUUAGUGAUGAUAAUCUUCCUGAAGCACACGAAGAGUCAACCAGUGAUGAUAAUCUUCCUGAAGCACACGAAGAGCAGCAUGGCAGUAAUAACCUUCCUGCAGUGCUUGAAGAGCUGCAUGAUAAUAAUCACCUUCAGGAAUCACAUGGGGAGUGGAGUGGAGACGAUCAUCCUAUAGAAGUAUAUGAUGAGUGGCUAAGUGAUGAUCAUCUCCCUGAAGUGAAUGAAGAGUGGCAUGAUGAUGAUGAGUCUAAUGAUACUGCAGAUAAUUGGCAUGAUAAUAAUUCUGACCAACCAAUUGACCAUGAUGCUGCUCUUAUUAGAAGAGCUAAUAUGUUCGUCCCUGGGGAUGAUGAUAAUGUGUACAGCACAGAACUGAGGGAACUUCUAAGCAGAAGGAGCGUUUCUAAUCUUCUUCACAGUGCUUUUCGUGAAAACUUAGACCGACUUAUCCGGUCAUAUGUUGAACGGCAAGGUCGUGGUCCUCUCCCUUGGGAUCUGGAAGGAACAACUCCUGCCCCUAACUCACCAGAGCAAAGUCAGGAGCAGCAAAGAGGUGAUGAGGACCAUGAACUGCAUCAUACAGUUGAUAGGCCUCCUGUAGUGAUACCAACUCCACCUAUGCCUCCUCGUCAGCCACUUUGGCAUUCAGAGUUGCAUCGUAAUAAUUGGAUCAGGCAGAACAUCCAUCGUUCUUCUUCUGAUAUCGAAUGGGAGGCCAUUAAUGAUCUAAGGGCUGAUAUGGCUAGACUUCAGCAAGGCAUGAGCCAUAUGCAAAGGAUGUUGGAAGCUUGCAUGGAUAUGCAGCUAGAGUUGCAGCGUUCUGUAAGGCAAGAAGUUUCUGCGGCCUUGAAUCGCUUCAUUGGGGAGCAAGGGGAAAGGAAAGAAAUUAUUGACGAUGGUUCAAAAUGGAUUAAUGUGAGAAAGGGAACCUGCUGUAUAUGCUGUGAGAAUCCAAUUGAUUCUCUCUUGUACAGAUGCGGGCACAUGUGCACCUGUUCAAAAUGCGCGAAUGAAUUGGUUCGAGGUGGAGGCAAAUGCCCGCUGUGCCGUGCGCCCAUAAUUGAGGUGAUCCGAGCAUACUUCAUCAUGUAGAUACAAGAAAGAAAGAAAGGAGAUACAGGAAACAUGGUUUUUUUUGGGCUGAAGUGUGCAGUUGUGGUUAGUGGGUGUAUGAUUAUAUUCAAUUUUUGGUUAUUGGGGUGUGUACCCGUCCAAUCUCUCUAAUGCUUUUUUUUUUUUUGGUUUCUGGGCUGCCCUGGUGUAAGAUAUGGUUUUGGGUGUGGCAGAAGUGCUCUGAUUGGACCGUGGGAAGUCACUAAUUUAUUUGACAACUGAUGGGUUGAGCAUGAAAAGGGAAAAUUACUGUGAGUGCUGGCUGUGCUUCCUCGAGGCA